AUGAGGAGGAUGAGAGGCCUUAGGCAGUUUCUUAACAAGUACAGGGAGUCUAAGAAGAUUGACAAGUACAUGUACCAUGACAUGUACAUGAAGGUGAAAGGUAAUGUCUUCAAGAACAAACGUGUGCUAAUAGAGAACAUGCACAAAACAAAGGUUGAAAAGGCUAGGGGGAACACUCUGUCAGACCAAUUUGAGGCCAGGUGGGCAAAGAACAAAGCAAACAGGAAAAGAAAGUUUGUAAGGAGGGAGGAGUGUUUGGCUCAGGAAUCAGGAGAGAGGCCAGUACAACCUGCAGCAGUGGCUCAGGAACCUAAGCCCAGCCAACCCAAGGAUCUAAGAAGUCAAAGAAGUGAGGAUAAUAUGGUCACAAGGCUUUAA